GUCUGGCCCAGGCAGACCUGCAGCCGGAGGUCCCAACCCCCAAGCCCGGCUCGGGCCGCUGUGUGGCAGCCGCCGAUUGGCUGCGCGGCGCCUGCGUCGGGCGGGUGGAACCAGCCGAUAACCGCCGAGUGGCCGGAGUGCGGGGCGGGGCCGAGGCGGCGAGGGGCUGGGAGAGCGUGGCUGGGCCCGGUCUUAGGCAGGGGGCAGGGGCUAGGGCCGGGUCCCGGGACAUGGCCACUUACCACCAAGAAGGGCAGAUGCAGCUGCCCCGAGCUGAUGCCAUUCGUUCACGUCUCAUCGAUACUUUCUCUCUCAUCGAGCAUUUGCAAGGCUUGAGCCAAGCUGUGCCGCGGCACACUAUCAGGGAGUUACUCGAUCCUUCCCGCCAGAAGAAACUUAUGUUGGAAGAUCAACACCAGCUAGUGCGCUUCUCUAUAAAGCCUCAACGUGUAGGCCAGAUUUCACAUGCCCAGAGGCUGUUGAGCAAGCUUCAUGUGCGCUGCAGUCAGAGGCCACCUCUUUCUUUGUGGGCCGGAUGGGUCCUUGAGUGUCCUCUCUUCAAAAACUUCAUCAUCUUCCUGAUCUUUUUGAAUACGAUCGUAUUGAUGGUUGAAAUAGAAUUGCUGGAAUCCACAAAUACCAAGCUGGCCAAAACAAACUGACACAGGAGGUGGCAGCAGUUCUCCAUGUUCAUCCUGGAGAUCCUUCUUAAGUGGCUAUCCAACUUUUCCCUUUUCUGGAAGAGUGGCUGGAAUGUCUUUGACUUUGUUGUUACCAUGUUGUCCUGCUUCGAGGUUGUGGUAUUGGUAGGGGGUAACGGCCAAUCGGUGUGGCUGGCUUCUGAGGAUCUGCGGGUGCUGGGGUCUCUCAAACUCCUUGCACAAUUCCGUCAAAUUAGAGUUAUUAUUUUGGUCCUGGUCAGGGCCCUCAAGUCUGGCCCAUUUGACUUGAGGUUAUGGCCUCUGGGCAUGACCUUCCUCUUGAUGUUGCUGCUCAUCUUCUUCUACAUUUUUGCUGUGACUGGUGUCUACUUCUUCUCAGACUACACCCGUUCACCUCGUCGGGACAGAUUGUGCCAUGUGUUCUUCUCAGACCUCCAGAUUCCUGGGCAGUUACUAACUUUCAGAAUAUCAGGAAAGAAGAUGAAUGAGGAGAUGGCACGUCAGGAGGUUCAGCUGAAAGCUGACAUGUUCAAGCGGCAGAUCAUCAGAGUCUGCUUCUCCCUUUUCAACCCAACUUUCCUUCUCAAGGGUUUCCUGAGCUCAUUUCUUGUUUCUGCUCCUUGA